AUGACAAUUCCAUAUAUAAUUCGUUUUUGGUUAUAUCUAAUCUUCCUUAUUCCAUCGGUUCUAUGUGCUCUAUUUUGUCUUUAUCAUUUUCUUAUUGAUCGAGUACUUCGCAAAGCACUUAAUAAUCAUGUAGUAAUGCUCAUACUCUUUCUCGGUGUUUUUUUAAAUCUGACUGACAUAGUUUGGUACAUUGAUUUUUAUCGUACUGGUCAUCCUUUGUCAUUAACAGAAGCCUUUUGUAUGACAUGGACAUAUAUUGAUUAUGCUGUAUUUGUAUCAAUAACAUUACUAGUAGCUUGGGGAUCAAUUGAACGACAUAUUCUUAUUUUUCAUCAAAAUCUGGUUUCUACACAAAUCAAACGUUUUCUUGUACAUUAUUUACCAUUGUUCACAGUUACGAUGUAUCCUUUUAUAUACUAUAUUAUUAUAUAUUUUGUUUUGCCGUGUGAUCCAUGGAUCGAUUUCACCACGUCAGGAUGUGGUAUUUCUGCUUGUGCAUAUAACACUGCAUUCCUUGGAAUGUGGGAUAGUAUAGCACAUAAUAUUGUACCUAUAUUUAUUAUUGUUAUCUUCAGCAUGGCACUUUUUGGACGAAUAUGGUAUAGUAAAUAUCGAAUCAAUCAAAGAAUGCGAUGGAAAAACUAUAGAAAAAUGUCAAUUCAACUAUUAUCUAUAUCUGCUAUUUAUUUAAUAAUAGUAUUUCCAUCAAUGAUUUUAUAUACUCUUUAUACAGCCGUACAUCUAGCUGUGAAGAGUGAGCACGUGGAUAAAGUCAAGGCAAAAUUAAUAGAAGCAAGUCGUGUAUAUGCCAAGGAUAAAGGAACCAUCGAUUGGUUCGUUAGCCAAGAUGCAGCAGAUCCAACCAAAUUUGCUAUUGUCGAGCGAUAUGAACAACAGAGUGAUGUGCAAACUCACAUCAGCAAUCCGUAUUAUAAACAGUUCGGUGCAUACGUGAAACCACUUUUAACGAAACCUAUUGAACUUCACAGCUUGGCAGAAUUGGAUACAUCGAAAGAUGUCGAGGUUCCUCCGCAAACAUGGUCGGAUGAAACAGACCAAUAA